GUUUGGUUAUACCAAAGCCAUGGUUCUUGAUGGGAUUGUAUCUUCACCAUUAAGGAGACACCAGUCUCUGAAGAAGCAGUGGGAAGACUUGGGUAGCUGCUCCACCGUUGUCAACAGGCAUCGAUAUCUCUUAACCGCUUUGGUUCUUUUGGCCGUCCUCUGCACUGUUUAUCUUUACUUUGCUGUCACUUUGGGCGCUAGGUACUCCUCCACGUGUUAUGGCUUGACCGGGAAAGAGAAGGCAAUGUGUCAAUUACAACACGUUCAAGCUAUCUCCAAAGGCAAACUCAAAUUCUUCUAGUGUGGCAUGGAAGCUGAUACCCCCACCUUAUUCUUAUUGAUCUCCAACAUUAUUUUUUUUUAAAUUGAUCGUCCAAUGUUAUUUGUGUGUAUUAUUUUUAUUACUGCAUGGUGAACAACCAGAGAUUUUUAUAAUCGAAGAGAUGAGAGUAUACA